UUUUUUAUUACCGACUGUCUCCUGUCGGUUUUAUCAUUUGUAUGGGCAAUUUAUCCCUCAGUUUUUCCCACGGCACGAGUUUUCUUUCGCACUUUCUUCACUGAAAGCGGAAAACAACCGGCCACAUUUGGCUUCCAACGUUUUCCCCGAGCGCACGGUUCUGCAGUGCCGCACUGUACCCCGGGUUCACCAGCCGACCGUAAUUAGUGCCGAAUAUAGUUUUCAUCCCACUCCCGGGAGGGUUGACCGCCAGAAGAUACGACACCUGACGAGGGGAAAUGUUCGAAGAAGCGGAUAACUUUGCGGAUCUGUUCCGCGGCGGACUGCCGUACUAUCUGCUGAUAACGCUUCCGAUUCUGAUCAUCUGCUCGUCGAAUCCGGUGCUGGCUGCGAGCGAGUUUAGCGUCCAGCGGAUGUCACAGUACGAUGUUCAUGGGACCGCGUACGGCUGCCGUGCAUCGGCGUUGAAUUUGGAAGCCAAAUCCCUCUACACAUGGCAAACGUCCCGGCAUUGUGUGCUGACCCGGUUGCAGGACAUGACCAUCGACCAUUUCCGGGAAAUUCGCGCCAAGGCGGGUGGUCUUGUGGUGCUGCUGCCGGAAGAUACGGCCGCCCUGAGCUUGGAGGACAAGCAGCACAUUCACCUGCUCGAGCAGGCGAUGAUGGUGCAGGAUGUCCCCAUUCCGGUGUACUUCUCCCGGUACGACCCGAAGCUGAAUGGCAUCAUCGAUGAGGUAACGCGUACCACGGUGCGCGACCACAAGCAAAGCGCCCAGAAACGCGAAUCCGCAUUCAGCGAAAUAUUCGGCUCGAUAUCCGCCAACGGGUAUCAGAUAGUGGUGUCCGGUGCAUCGCAUACCGCCAACAAACAAUCCAAGAUACCGAUCAUUCAGGGCGAGCUGGCACCACUGAAACCGGGCAAAGCGUUGGACGGUGACAGUAAGCUGCCGCUAAUCAUUGUAACGGCCCAUCUCGACACGUUCGGGCUGACCAACACCCGGCAGAGCAAUGCGGACGUGGCCGUACUGCUGACGUUGGUCGAGCUGUUUAGCAAGCUGCAUGCGAGUAUUCCAAAGUAUCGGCUCAUAUUCCUCGUGUCCGAAUCGGGCCUGCUGCUCAACUUCCAGGGUAUGAAGAAGUGGCUCGAUUCGAAUCUGGACGAAAAUGUGCAGAUACAGCACGCGGAGUUUGUCGUGUGUCUCGACACGAUCGGCAAACUGCUGGCGAACGAAAACAUAUACAUGCACGUGUCCAAACCGCCCAAGGAGGGUAGUUCGAUGAACAGCUUCUACAAGACGCUGCGUACCGUCGCCCAGCGGUAUGGAAAUGUGAGCGUGGAGGGUGUGCACAAGAAGAUAAAUCUGGCCGACACACUGCUCGCCUGGGAACACGAACGAUUCAGCAUGAAGCGCAUGCCGGCCUUUACCCUUUCCAACGUAAAGAGCCAUAAAGACCCGAUGCGAAACACCAUCUUCGACGAUGACACCGUGGAGGAGCAGCUGGACGCACUGGAACGUAAUGUGAAAAUUAUCGCCGAAGCGCUGGCCAGCCACAUUUACAACGUGCCCGCCGAGGACGGUGCAGCGGGAGAAAUAUUUACCGGCUCGAUGGCCAUCAGCCGGGAGCAGAUUAAGCCCUGGUUGCACAUCCGCUCGACGCAGCAGAACAACGAUCUGAAGUAUGCGUUCGAAAAGUACCUGCGCAACGUGAAGGUAACGUACGAGAAGCCGGACGCCCGCGAACCGGACUUUAUGCUGUACGACGAUCGGGACGCGCUGCUGAACAUCUACAACGUCAAGCCGGCCAUUUUCGAUCUGUUCCUCACGUUUAUGAUUGCCGCCUACCUGACGGCGGUGUACUUUGCCAUCUUCCACUUCCCGAGGCUGUACGGUUUCGUGUGUCGCAUGACGGUAGCUAAAACCAAAGUAAACUGAAUGGUGCGCGCCAGGGGCACACGGGCGGGCGACAUCGUCAUCAAUCGUUUUUAAGAGCACGGGUAGUUACGGUGAAGUGUAGCAGCGAGUAGAGUACAUUGUUUUUGGUUCCAUUUGCCCCCCCCCCCCCUGUUGAAACUCAAUUGCAUUAGCAUUUCUUUACCACAGUUGGUAGUGUGUAGGAUUUGCCCGGGAAACGGGGAAUAUCAUUUAAUUUUGCUUCACUCAUUCGUUUGGCGUAGGUUGUGCGUGUGUGCGAUCAUAAUAUCGUUUCGUUACCCAGUACUACACUAGUCGGUAGAAAGUUGAGUACAUAGAAAUUCGAAGCCCUUUCGGCGGGUGGUUGGGUGAGAUUGCAUUUCCCUUGCGUUUAUUUCCAUGUUUCGUCUAGGCUAGGCACCUCCUUCUGCUACCGAAAACAAAACCGUUGAAUGGUUAAACCUCAAGUGAAUCGUGUGAAAAACCCGAGCAAAUACAAUAAAAAACAAACAAAUCUAAUAGCCAUUCG